CAACACUGUCCUUUACCGCGAAAAGUGCGGUACCUUUCCCAUCGUAAGCCUGAGCUGGCUAUAGCCAUUAUGGCUGCGGUUUAUUCGGAAAAGGAGUGCAGUUUGCAAUCAAAUAAUGAAAAUUUGUCUUCUGAACAUGCGAAACGUUCAGCCCAAGAUGUAAACAUCGAUCCAGUGAGCAAUAGCAAAGCCAGUAAUGCUAGAAACACGGGCGGAGAAAUGGAAAUAUGUCCCCGUGGCCCUAAAUUGAAAGCCCAGGACCACGCCGAAGUUGUUGGAGCCAAUGCUGCAUUUCCACCCAUGAAGAUUAAAACAGAGCAAGUGGAGGAAGAUGAAUGUGUGGUUGUACAUGUGGACGAGGUUGAGGAAGGAGAUUUGGCUGAUAUAUUUACCAGUACAGGAGACUCGUCUGAGAGAGAUGGAAGUACCGAAGGGGAUAGGCCAUUUCACUGUGAAGAUUGCAGUGAGGCAUUUGGGAAUAAGGAGGAUUACUUGGAGCAUCGCAGCGAGCAUAUCCAUGAUGGUCCCAUAGUCUGCCUGGACACAGAUUCGCAGUGGGAUGACCUGCUCAUCUCGACCGACGGAGGCCGAAGAACGUUGUUCUGUGCUCUGUGUGGACAAAAGUUCUCAAGCUCGAAAGGCUUUUUCACCCAUCAACUGAAGCAUCGCAAUCAAGACAUUAAACAGGGGGCAGGUGACGGCUUUGGUGAGGGUGCAGGAAGACAGAAGCUUUUUGAAUGCAAGGAUUGUGGUAAAGCUUAUACGACUGUUGGUCAGUGUCUCAACCAUCAGCGUUCACAUAAGCAGGCCUCAAAGUCUGUGUUUCAUCAGCUUGCUCAUCUAAAGAAAAAGUCAUUUCAGUGCCCCACCUGUGGACGCUGUUACUCUCGGGCUUCGGCUCUUGACGCACAUCGUCGUUGUCAUGAGGUAAAGCUGGUUAAAUCCAAAACCUGUGAAACUGAGAAACCUAUGCCACUUAAUGAAUCUCCAGGUCAAACUGAAGACAACGGCACAAGCUCUGAACAGCCUGAGGGGCAUGAGCAAAAAGUUUUUCAGUGCUUCUGUGGCAAAUCUUUUCGCGCCAUGUGUGGUCUCAGUACUCACAAGAGAUUCUCAACCAGCUGUUCAGAUGGGAAGGUGAAGGAGGAAAUUAAGCAUUCGUUUGUUUGCUCUGAAUGUGGCAAGACCUUCGUUAGCUCUGUGGCUCUGUUGUGCCAUCAGCGUUGGCAUAAAAGACGGGCACAACUUGUCUGCAAUGGCGAGCCAUAUAAAUGUACAGAGUGCGGCAAGGUCUUCACUUCCCUCACAUUUUACAAUAAGCAUCAGCGAUUGGCGCACAGUGAAGAGCUGCCAGCGAAAUCAUUCCUUCAUCAAGUUAUUCAGCUCAAGAAGAAGGCUUUUGAGUGUCCGGAGUGUGGUCGUCGGUUCUCGCGAGCAUCCGCCCUGCAGUCGCAUCAGCUCUGUCAUACUGAUGUCUUCGGCGACAUCAUGGAGAAGAAGCCUGAGAUGAGCACAGCCACUCACACAUUAAAAAUGAACCAGAAUGACAAUGCCGACAGUGUGGUUAUUCAUUCUGUGGAGACCUCACACGCUCAAGUUCAAAAGAAAGAUUUGAACCUCACCGACACAGUAGAAGAGGAUGGGGCCAUUGAUGUUGAUUAUGAAGUUGUCCAUAUCACGGCUUCAGAUGAUUAUGAGAACAACAGUGGUUUCUCUCGGGAUCAAAAUCCUGAUCUUGAGUUAGUGUGUGAAUCAGACCAAGAGGAAAAAGAUGACUUGGGCUUCAAUUUGAGUCAGACAGCUGAAUCCACCUCAUCCCUGCAGUUGAAUCCAGAGAUUGAUGUCAAAAUUGUACAGAUUGAUUAUGAGCAUUUAAACGAUGAACCAUUAACAAAUGCGCAACUCUUGAGCAAAAGCCGUCCUCAAGAGGCGAAAUAUAAUUGUCCACACUGUGAUCGUAAAUUUGUCAAGGGUUCGUCCUUGCGCUGUCACAUACUUUGGCACAAGGGAUGCAUGGGGAAAAAAUCGGAUAGGAGGCAGAAGUUUAACGUAGUGACGCCAACAAAGAAGGAACUUUUAACAUGCAAUGUGUUUGGUCAUGAAAGUCCUUCCAAGAGUGCUGAUUGCUUUAACACAGUAAAGCAUGAGGAUAAAGUGGCGUACAAGUCUAUUUCAUACCAACUUGAAAAUCUGCAGAAGAACAACAUUAAAUGUGAAGAGUGUGGCAUGUGUUUUUCCCGACUAUCUGCACUGCAUUCUCACCAACAGCAUCACGAUAGAAAAAAAAAGACCUUUGCUUGCGUGCAGUGUGACAAGAGCUAUACGACCCCAAGUGGUCUGUACAACCAUCUGAAGGUUUGCUCUGGCGGUGCCAAAGACGAAAAGAGAAAGAAUUUCAACCCGACCAAGUCACUUUUGGGCCCAAAGGUUUAUCACUGUAAAAAGUGUGGUAAAGGUUUUUGGUCUUUGGGUGCUUUCUGUCAUCACAAACAAAACCACUCAGAGUGUGCACAUUUCGAAACAAGGGCCCCUGGUACGCCUGACACUGAGAACUGUCACAUACGACGGAAGAAAAGGGGUCGGAGGGGUGGUUAUAGAAGAGUGCACCCUAUGAAUUCAAGAGAGGAACACGUAUGCGAGGUGUGCGGCAAAUCAUACCACAUGCUAGGUUGUUUUCUUAAACACAAACUUGUCCAUGACACCCAACCUGCUGUCAAAUCUUUUGACUAUCAAGUCCAACAGUUGAAAAAGAACUCCUACCAAUGUCCCGACUGUUCAAAGGUUUUCUCGCGUGCCAUGGCCCUCCAGUUUCACAUGAAAAGUCAUGGUUUUGAGACUGGCCUUCCUUUGAUGGACUCUGACUCCUCUGAGCGACCUCAAUGCCCAACAUGCUACUCUUUUUUUGCAUCUGAGUCGAUACUACAAAAUCAUCAGAAGCACUGUGUAAAACCCCAGGACAAUGUGGAACUUCCACAAGAAUGUUUUGAGAGAGAGGAGCAAGACACAUCCUCCCAAAAAGCUAAAGAUGUUGUUGACACUUCUCAUUCAAAGGAUUCUAAAAAAGAACAAAACACACCUUUAGCUUCAGAUCUGAAAUACAAAUGUCAAGAAUGUAGCAGAAGCUUUUCUGUAAUUGGUGCUCUAAAUUUUCACAAGCGAAUUCAUCGUAAAGGUCACCAAUCUAAAAAGUUAAAAUCCAAUUCGGCAAAGCCAUUAAAGCUUGGUAAAGGAAAGCCAGAGAAGUGUUUGGCAAAAUCGCCUUUUGUUUGUGCUGAAUGUGGAAGAUAUUUUAGCACCAAUUCAGCUCUUGGCACACAUAAACGGUGGCACAAGGACAAAAAAUUUGCCAGAUUUCUCUCCAAGACCAAUAAGAUACACUCAAAGAAAAGUGUGGAUGGUGGACCUUACUUAUGCAAUGUAUGCGGGAAAGGAUUCUUCUACCUUUGUGUUCUUCGCCGCCAUCAACUACAUCACCCUACCAUGCAGACUCAACCCCAAAAAGAGCACGAAGUUGCCGAAACAAAUGGUGUUUUUACCUGUCCAGAUUGUCAAAUGUCUUUCUCAAGUGGGUCUCUUCUAACAUCUCACUUUGCAGACCACCACAGCAAGCCUACUGAGACUGAGAAACGACAGUCUGAAAUCCUCUCUGCAGAUGAGUCGGGUCCACCCGUCAAACUAUUGUACGCAUCUAAAAAGGAUGUUGCCAAACGAGAGAAGGCUGAGGUAAAACACUUUCAAUGCUCAUACUGUGAUAAGAGCUUCCUGAACAUACGUGGCCUUCGUGCGCACAAAUGGCAGAAACACCACAAGGUUAGUGAACGACCCACUGCCUCUCAAGAAGAGCGCUCUGCAUUUGUAAAGCCCUUUGCUUCUGAAGGGCCCCUUCGUAAAACGUCCAGCAAGAAAGAGCUGAAAGCAUCUACGGAGGAGGAUCCCGUACAGCACAAUCGAAAUUUCGAAUUUGCGAAAUGUUUUUUCAAAUGCGAUAAAUGUGCUAAAGCGUUUCCUAGCGAGGAACAGUUAAACGCCCAUAAGGAGGUGGCGAAGACUCGUCCGCACUGCUGCGCUCUUUGCUGCCGUGGUUACUGGACUGAAAACCAGCUGCAGCAUCAUCUCGCAUGGCACAACGAAGUGCGCCGGCGUCUCCCAACUGAGCUGCGAUACAGACUGAGUGCUUCCCUUGCACCUGGGCCUUCAGACAACCAGCAGGCUUUAUCACACAGAUCUGAGUCUACAGUCAAGCUGCCUGUAGCCCUUGUGUGUCCACAAGCGAAUAGCCAUAAAUGUCAGCAAUGUGGAAAAACCUUUUUGUCACCUCGUGCGUUGCAGCAGCACCAGACUCUUCACAAGGACGAGGAGCCGUACCAUUGUUCGCUGUGUUCACAGACAUUUAGCGAUCUCAGAAAUCUUAUCGACCACCAUCAGGAGUGCUUGGGUGAUAAAGAGUUAAAAGACAGUAGCUCAGUUUCUGAAGUAAGAGACGCUGCUAACCUGACAUGCAUUGAGUGUGGCAUUUCCUUCAAACAGGAAACAGAACUGCAUCAGCAUUAUAUUGAACAUGCACGUGGGUUCUAAAACUUGAGAAAAAAAAUGCAUGGAGAGGGAUAUUGAUAUCUAACACACUGUUUACUGCAUCUGCACUGAUUUAAUCGAGUUUUGUGACCUGCUGUGAGUGAUAUGACUGUAUGCUUAAGGAGUAAGGAAAAUGGCACUAUCAGCUUUUAAAUUCUAAAAUACAUUUUAAAAAAGAAUUGCUGAAAUUGUUGUUAAGAGAAAAGGCCCCAUAGCAUUAUUGCAGAUGUCCUCUAAACCAAAUUAUGUGUUGUAAUUACUUGCAUAAAAGCUGUGCAUUUCUAUCAUUCCCUUUAAAAUCUUGUUAGAUCUCUCCAAGUUCUAUCUAUUUAGAGGUUUUUAAAAGAUUUACUUUACCUCAUUUUUUUUGACUGCUCAAUGUUGUGUCUGUGUUGAUUUCUAUCACCUGGCUUGUACUUGAAAAGGGUACUUAAUUUGAACUACCAAGUUCUUUGCUAGAUAUUUUUUGUACAUGUUAUUUCAAAAAUUGUUUGAAGAUUUUUUUUAUAAGCAUUAGCCUACAGCUUAAGCCUCAUGUGUGGUCAUGCUAAACUUUGAUUUGGGAUUUGUACAGCUUCUGUUAACGCCAGUGCCAUUGUUCCUUAAUUGCUAUUGACAUUGACAUGACAUUUUUACAGACCACAAUUCCGUUGCAUUUAGGUUUCUGUUUGCAUUUUAAAAGUUUUCAUCUUUCUACUUUUUGAAAACAUUUGGGGUUUGACGUUUCUCUUGAAAAUGAAGAUUUCCUUUCUAGAUAUAAUGUUAUAUGUUCCUUGUGAAAUUGCCCUGAAGUCAUGUUAAUGACAUCAAGAAUGUAUGAAUAAGAUGCAAAUGUCAAAGCAGAAGCAAGGUUUUUUGUGUAGGUACUGUAUAUGGCAUUAUGAAUCAUAAAGAAAAUGACAAAUUAUUUGAACAACCGAAUCACCUUGUGAUAUUAAAUUGAAUAGUUAUAUUAACAUUCCAUUUUGUUGUCUUGUCUGGGUGGUGACAUUAAAGGUUUAUGGGUUGGUUUGUUAAUAAAGAACCAUCUUUUAAUUCCCUUAUAAAGUUGAGUCAUUGAUCAUAAUUUCAGCUUAUUAAUAUGUAGCUGAUAUGUUGGCUGUUAUACAUGACAGUGGUGGUACAGAAGCCGUGGUUGUUAAUUGAUCAAUUUGGUGGUACAGUAUCAUUGAAUGGUAUGACAUAUUUUUGCAUUUAGCAUGCUUUUUGUCCUUGGGAAAACUGAUAAAUAUUAACAUGAAUAGUUUAUUUUACCAGCAGAUUUAUUUAAUGUUCUUACAUGCAAAUAUUUGUUGUAGCUGGCUAAUAAAACCCAUUGUUUGCAUUA